CCAACAAAAACAGAGAUUGGAGACGUUAUAUCCGAUAUCAAUGAACAAAGACUAUUUUUAUUGACAAUUAAAGACGUACAAAUUUCAGAUAGUAGGGAAAAAAAUGAAAGAAAAGAAGUCCUUUUUGUUUGGGUCACGUGACUCUUUGUUGCCGUCGUCCAAGGCGGCUCCAACAACAAGAUGGCGGCGCGCUGGAGCAGCGAGAAUGUGGUUUUGGAGUUCAGGGAUGCGCAGCCACACUAAACCAAAGUGUGACGGAUCGACACAGGAGCGAUUGAACUCUGACCGCUGUGUCGAAGCGCCUCGACGGCUCCUACGGCAGGCCGUGCUUCCUCAGCAGCUGCUGGAAGCACGGUGGCAGGAAAAAGUAACGUCAACAUUCACAGGACAGGGAGGAGAAAUUGCAGAUCAGACGUGCACAACCGUCACAGGAGGAAUUUUGGACCCUUCCUCUUUCCAUAAGGGUUGCCUUGAGGUCUUGCCACACCAUCUCAAUGGGGUUGAGGCGACCACCAUGUCCGUGGACUGCCUGGGCUCGCACGCCGUGCUUUCUGGGCGGCGUUUCCUGUACGUGGUCAACCUGGAGGCGCCGUCCGAGCAGGCGAGGAAGAUGUCUCGCCAGAGCAAGUGGGACGUGGGCACGGUCCAGUGGAACCCUCAUCGCUCUCAGGCACACGUCUUUGCCGCCUCGAGCAACCAGCGCGUGGACUUGUACUCGUGGAAGGACGGCAGAGGAAGCAUCCACACGUCACUGCAAGGGCACACGCGAGUCAUCAGCGAUCUGGACUGGUCGUGCUUCGAAGCCGAGUUCCUCGUCAGCAGCUCGGUGGACACGUACAUGUACAUCUGGGACAUCAGGGACACGCGCAAACCCGCUGUGGAUCUGGCUGCCGUUGCCGGCGCGUCACAGGUGAAAUGGAACCGCAGGAACCCCAACGUGCUGGCAUCCAGUCACGACGGAGACGUGCGCAUCUGGGACAGACGGAAACCCAACACGGCGUGCGAAUACGUGGCGGCGCACCUGUCCAAGAUCCACGGACUGGACUGGCACCCGGAGCACGAGUUCAUCCUGUCCACCAGCAGCCAGGACAACUCCGUCAGGUUUUGGGACUACCGGCAGCCCAGGAAGUACCUGAACAUCUUGUCGUGUCAGGUUCCUGUGUGGAAGGCCAGAUACACGCCCUUCUCCAACGGGCUGGUGACGGUGAUGGUUCCUCAGCUGCGGCGUGAGAACAGUCUCCUCCUGUGGUCCACGCUGGACCUCAACAGUCCGGUCCACGCCUUCGUGGGGCACGAUGACGUCGUCCUCGAGUUUCAGUGGAGGCCGCAGAUGGAAGGUUGUAAAGACUUCCAGCUGGUCACAUGGUCGAGAGAUCAGACACUGAGAAUCUGGAGGGUGGACCCGCAGCUCCAGAAGUUGUGCGCCAGCGACUUGCUGGAUGACCUGAUGGACGGCAUGUCUCUCAACAUGGAGACUGACAAGUCGCUGGCAUCCGACGAUUCUGAAGGACAACGCUCCAGAAUUCCUGUCGGGCAACAUCCGCACGAUCAAGACAGCGUCUCGAGUCCAGGCGGCAGUCAGGACUGUGCCGUGGCAGCGGCGGCUUCUUCGGGUCUGGCUCAGACGCUCCAGCAAGAAUUCUCUCUGGUCAACCUGCAGAUCAGGAAUGUCAAUGUGGAGAUGGACGCAGUGAACUGCAGCUGCGUGGUGUCAGCUCACUUCGGGAUUCAUCAGGUCCGACUGCUAAUGAAGUUCCCGGGGCAAUAUCCCAACAACAGCGCCCCCACCUUUCAGUUCAUCUCGCCGACUAGCAUCUCUGCCGCAAUGAAGACAAAGAUUCAAAAAAUCCUGACAGAUGUGUCCCUGCAGAAGGUUAAGAGGAACCAGAACUGUCUCGAACCUUGCGUCCGGAAGCUUGUGUCCUGUCUUGAGUCCGACAUGGAGGACAGUCCAUCCUCAGGACCGUUCGUGUUGUCCAAUCCCGUUGCUCCGACCCUGCAGGCCUUCCCGCGAGUCACCAACACCUACGGAUCCUAUCAGGACGCCAACAUUCCUUUCCCGCGCACGUCGGGGGCUCGCUUCUGUGGCACCGGCUGUCUGGUGUACUUCACCCGACCGAUCACCAUGCACCGCGCGGCCCCGCCCACCGAGCCAACGCCCAGGUCGUUGUCGGCUCUGUCGGCCUAUCACAGCGGCGUGUUGACACCCAUGAAGAUUCGCUCUGACUCUCAGAACGCACUCCGACUUUACAGCAGCAGCCCGACUCGACUCGACAAAGACACCGUGUCCAUUUCGUCGUUCUACUACAAAGAACGGAAAUCCCGGCGCUUCAAGACCAAAAGGGACGGGACGGACUACGGCGGCCGCUCCAUCAAGUUGGCGGGAAAGGUCAUCAUUCAGGAAAUUUCCUGUCUACUUCCCGUCCAUAAAGUUCUGGGAGAGAAUUACAUCCUGAACAUGCGUGACACCAAAGACACGUGUCAGAAGAACGCCGCCGCCGCCCUGGCCGCCGGACGCAGAGACGUGGCCAAGGUCUGGGCCCUGGCCUCGGCAGCGACCGGUCGAGGCUUGAGUCCCGACUCGGACCCGGACACGGACGCUCCCUGGGCGAGUCAUCCGUUUGGACGCCACCUGCUGGAGACGCUCGUGGACCACUACAGUCACAUGAGCGACGUGCAGACGCUCGCGAUGCUAUGCAGCGUCUUCACCGACGCGGACCCCGAGCCGACGCACGCGACUCCGCAAUCCCGCCAGGCUGGGCUCCCGCCGCACCCUCGCUAUACCGCCCUCGGCGAGUCGACGCUGACGUUCGGGGGUCGACUCGACCCGGAACACGCCAACGCCCGCAGCGACUCCCCUGAAGGCGGUCGCCACGGCAACCAGGGACACACAGACCCACGGGAACGAGAGUGCGAGCGACACGACAUGAACAAAAGUCUUUUGGACCCGAGCAACACGCCGCAGUUUGACGACUUCAAGAAAUGCUACGCUGAAAUUUUGUACCGCUGGGACCUCCGAGACAAACGGGCCGACGUGCUCAAGUUCGCUUCCUGCCCGCCCGAGCCGCACCAACAAGUCGAAUUGUGCGUGUUGUGCUGCCACUGCGGCAGUCCAAGUCGCAGCGCGCAGUGCGCGGCGUGCAAGCGUGUGAGCUUCCAGUGCGCCGUGUGUCACGUGGCUGUGCGAGGCUCCUCCCACUUCUGCCUCAGCUGCGGCCACGGCGGUCACACGGCUCACAUGAUGGACUGGUUCCGGAAGCGGGACCAGUGCCCGGCCGGCUGCGGGUGCCGCUGUCUGCAGCAGAGCAACUUCUGAGCGAUGCCAACCGUCUGGCACGUGGCCACCGGAGCAGACGCCUGACCGCUAACCUGACCGCGUGACUGCUCACGUGUGGGUCACAUGAUCUGACAUGCUGUCACGUCCUGUCAGGUGUUACGCGAGCCUCACAUUGUGGAGUGGAUGAAGAAUAGUCUGCCAAAUAAUAAAGACUUUUAUCACAAAA